UUCGGCGAAAAGAGAAAAAAGUUUCCCCAGCGCAAGCCGCACCGCGCGCCGCCAGCGGCCUUUCACUUGAAAAUGGCGGGGGGUGGUGUUAUGCAGCGCUUUGGGAAGUGGUUUUGGAACGAAGAUGUUUGGUUACCUCCCAACACCACCUGGGCGGACAUUAAGAAGACGGAUAAAGUGAAAUAUGCCCAGUUCGACGACCUCUACUACGGCUUCGUCGUGGCUCUAGUACUUCUCGUAAUCCGGUAUACGCUUGAAAGGGUGGUGUUCUGCCCACUGGGGGUGCGGCUGGGGCUGAAGGCGCACAAUGGUAACCGGCGUGCCCCGGACAACCACCUGCUGGAGAAGGCCUUCCUCAGCAAUGGCAAGAUGGGCUACAAGCAGGUGCAGGGCCUGGCCAGGCAGCUUGAGUGGACCGAGCGCCGCGUCCAGCGCUGGAUCCGCCAGCGGGUCCUGCAGGAGAAGCCCUCCACCCUGGCCAAGUUCACCGAGAGCACGUGGCGGUUCACCUUCUACUUCAGUGUGUUUUGCUACGGCCUCUAUGCCCUCUCGGAUAAGCCCUGGCUGUGGGACACGAUGCACUGCUGGUACGACUACCCACACCACUCCGUGACUAACGACCUCUGGUGGUACUACAUGAUAGAGCUGGGCUUCUACAUGUCCCUCACCAUGUCCCAGUUCAUGGACACCAAGCGCAAGGACUUCUGGCAGAUGUUUGUGCACCACAUCCUCACCAUCCUGCUGCUGUCCUUCUCCUGGGCGUGCAACCUCCACCGCAUCGGCAGCCUGGUGCUCAUCGUACAUGACUUUGCGGACGUUCCCCUUGAGGCUGCCAAGAUGGCGAAGUAUGUAAAGCGGCAGCGUCUGGCGGACGCCACUUUUGCCGUCUUCACCAUCUGUUGGCUUAUCUCCAGGCUGGGCCUCUACCCGUACAGGGUCAUCUACAGCACCAUGUUUGAAGCAGUGAAGGUGAUUGAGAUGUUUGCCGCCUACUACAUCUUCAACUCGCUGCUGACCGCGCUGCAGUUCCUGCACAUCGUCUGGACCUGGAUGAUUGCUCGAAUAGCCUUGCAGGCCAUUUCGAGCAACGGGGUGAAGGACCUGCGCAGCGACGACGAAUCAAGCAGUGACAGCGACGAGUCCCCUGGUCAGCUGCAGAACCACAUGCUCCAGGCCGGAGACCACAAGAGGCCCAAGAGCCGCAAGGCGGACUAGAACGAGGGAGAUGCCCCCCACCGCCUGCGGAGCACGGCGGAGCCACGCCCCACUCCGCCCGAGUCGCAAGCACCUGGCACGGCGGCGCAGGGGCGCAAUCUCGGCUUCCGUCGUCGCCGGCGGAGCCUACAGGCCUUCUCCCUCGGCCGCGCGGCAGGCAAGGUCGCCCCUCUCUCCCCUCUUGCGCUCAGCGCCUGGAGGGGGGCGGGGGGUGCAGGUGACAAGCCGCGCUUUGCCGAGAGGACCGGGGGCUUCUGGCAGCCGCUGGAGGCAGGCGCGAGGAGCCACUGGACGGUCCGGCAACCACGUGUGCGUGCGCCGAGGUGGAUUUCUGGUCAGGGCACAAGCGAACUACUAGACAAGAGCACGGACUCUCUCUUCUUCGAGGGAGGAGGAGGGAGCCAUCUUCGUCCGAAGGCGCCUUCGGAGAACCGCCACCGGGUCGUGUGGCGGCCGGAGUCUCGACGGCUUCCUCCCUGUCCACGGUUUUUUACACCCUACUUUUUCGUUGGUUUUUUUUUUUGUUUUGUUUUUUAGUUGGUUGCUUGCCUUUAAUAAAGUGGAGCAACCUCAUGCUUCUGGGCGACACAGAGGGGCAGCCCGUAACGCGCCUUCACCUCGGGAGACAGGGGUGGAAGCGUAACGUACGGAACGCGGGGGAAGCUUCGAAACGGGAGGCCAUAGGUUUGGGGGCGACGAGAUUUGAGCCAAAGACUAUUUUUGUAUCGUGUUAUGUGUUCUUUUUCGUGCGUGUGCAACGUCCGCCUCUGCUGCAAAGUUGGCAACAGCGGCGUGCUUCUCUCGACGGAGUCUGACCCCCCCGAACCCCGGGGGACGCUGGCACACUUUGUGCUCCCGCCUUUGCAGAACGGCCAACGUACUACCCCCGAAAUCGCGACGCGCGGUGUAUUCGCGACGACCGAGCGGCGUGUUGGGCAUGUCCGACACGGAUGCAGUGCUCCUCCCUUUUAGCUCGCGGGCACUUCAUGUAGCAGCCACUUCAAGAGCACCUUUCAACGGUAGAAUGUCUGCAAUUUGGCCACUACUUAACGCAGUGUCGACCUGGGUUCUGCUUGCUGCACCGCUGCUUGCCUCCUUUCCAGACGGAGCCUCGACGUGCGUGUGUGUUGCGAGCCUUUGGGGAGAGGGGUACGGAGAGAGUUUAGCCAGGAACGCCCUUGUCUGUUCACCCGAUCAAAGCGUGGGGAGCUACUGCCGCUGACAUUUUUCCCCUUAGGUUUGUUGCACUGGGCCUUGAGGGUCUGUUGGAGUGGGACAUGCAUUCCAGCGCAAGUUUGGGAGCCGAGUCGCGGCGGCGUUUCUUUUGUACGAGGGGACCGCGGCCAUCGUGCAGGGGCCCCCGCUCGUGGCCGGCUCUUCUAUCGAAUAAACAUUGGUUUCUCCUUUUCUG